ACUGCAGACAUAGUACAGGAGAUGACCAGAGACUGCAGACAUAGUACAGGAGAUGACCAGAGACUGCAGACAUAGUACAGGAGAUGACCGGAGACUGCAGACAUAGUACAAGAGAUGACCAGAGACUACAGACACAGUACAGGAGAUGACCGGAGACUGCGGACACAGUAUAGGAGGUGACCGGAGACUGCGGACACAGUAUUGGAGAUGACCAGAGACUGCAGACAUACUACAGGAGAUGACCAGAGACUGUGGACAGUACAGGAGAUGACCAGAGACUACAGACAUACUACAGGAGAUGACCAGAGACUGCGGACAGUAGUAAAGGGGAUGACCAGAGACUGUGGACAUAGUACAGGGGAUGACCAAGAGACUGCGGACAGUACAGGGGAUGACCAGAGACUGCGGACAGUACAGGGGAUGACCAAGAGACUGCGGACAGGGUGCAGGGGAUGACCAGAGACUGCGGACAGGGUGCAGGAAAUGACCAGAGAGUGCGGACAGUGCAGGGGAUGACCAGAGACUGCAGACAGUGCAGGGGAUGACCAGAGACUGCAGACAGUGCAGGGGAUGACCAGAGACUGCAGACA